CGCCCAUGUGGGGCGAAACGUGAUAAUCCUCCGACUCGGGUGACUUUUUAAAAGGAGGAGAAAAAAAAAACCGAGAAAACAGAAAAAAGUUUGAGAGCGGGAGGGUAACUGAGUGAAGAGUUCUUCGAGCUGCCGUCAACGAAAGCCGGCGUUGGGUGGGCUUUUAUAACCCUGUUUUUGGAUUAUAAAGUAUGGAUGCUUUGAAGUCGGCAGGAAGGGCUAUUAUUCGGAGUCCGAGUCUCGCUAAACAGUCAUGGGGUUCUGGAAAACACAAAAAGCUCCCGGAGAACUGGACGGACACCCGUGAGACCCUGCUGGAGGGCAUGGCGUUCAGCCUGAAGUACCUGGGCAUGACGCUGGUGGAGCAGCCCAAAGGGGAGGAGCUCUCCGCUGCCGCUGUCAAGAGGAUCGUCGCCACGGCGAAGGCGGGGGGUAAGAAGCUGAGGAAGGUGACGUUGAACGUUUCCCCGCGCGGGAUCAUCCUCCACGACAGCGCGUCCAAUCAGCUGAUAGAGAACGUCUCCAUAUACAGAAUAUCGUACUGUACGGCGGACAAGAUGCACGAUAAAGUGUUCGCCUACAUCGCCCAGAGCCUGCAGAACGAGACGCUGGAGUGCCACGCCUACCUCUGCACCAAGAGGAAAGUGGCUCAGGCAGUAACGCUCACAGUGGCUCAGGCCUUUAGAGUGGCGUUUGAGUUCUGGCAGGCCGCCAAGGAAGAGAAGGAGAAGAGGAGUAAGGCUGGAUCUGAUGGUGAGGGGGCCAGCAGUUCUCAGUCGGAAAGCUCCGCCAGCCUCUCCAGCUUGAAAGGAGGCGAGGUGGCCACCGCCCUGCUGGAUCUGGAGGCGGGGGCCGUGUCAGUGGCAGCUGUCAGCCACAGGGGGGAGCCCUUAACCGCGCGCAACCACGCUAACGAGAACAACAACACCGUCUGGGAGCUGGAGGACGGGCUGGAUGAAGCCUUUUCAAGACUCGCUGAGUCUCGCACUAACCCCCAGGUCUUGGACAUUGGGGUGAGCCCUCUGGACCUGACCGCAGAAGAGUGCCUGUCUCCCUCCGACUGGGACAAAGCCGACAUCGGCACGAACAGCGCAGACGCCAACGAAAGAGACGACAUGUUCGGUUUCUGAGGGCGCCGUCGCCGCGGAGAUGAGGAGAAGGCGAGGGGCGCAGGGCCGGCCUUCCUCCGAGGGCCGCCUCACCAGCACCACCUAGUGGCUCCAGCUGGGAGCGCAACCCAGAGGAUCUUAGUGGCGUGUGCUUCCGGAACUCUCAUACCAAAGCAAUAAAAAUAAAAAAAGUUCCUUUGUUUUUGUUUUGUUUUUUUAAGUUGUGCAAUGAUCACAGUUUUCUGGUCUUUGUUACAGUCAAGUAUUUUACUUUAUUUUUCUUUUUAUUUCUUUUAUUUUCUUGAUGGUUCUUCCCGUUGUCUUGGUCGAUGUACGUAUUCAUGUAUCAAAACAAGUGUGUGUGUGUGUAUAUAUAUAUAUAUAAAGUAUUAUAAUUUAUCACCAGCCUUGGUUACUUAAGUUGGACAUGUUACUCCACUGUUAAUAUCUGAAAGGAGAUUUCCCUGUUUCUCGCUGACGUAUGGAUAGUCGGAUGGUUCUUUCCCUCUCUGCCAACGAUGCCGUAUGUCUUGUCAAUGUUAAACGCGGGGAGGCGGAUCCGUAAUUUCAGCCUAGCUGCAUUGGGAAGUGUCCGCGGUGUCUUGUAGCCUUGCCGUUCGUUGUCAUAAAAACCUUAUAUUUUUUACCGGCACUCUGCCAUUUUUUUGGGGGCGUUUCUGUGUAAUUUGAGUUUUCACUUUGAAGUAAACUAACAUGGGGGUGGUGUGUAAAUGAAAUAAAAGUUAAACCUUUUGGCCAAAA